GCGUCGCCCCCGGGCGGAGCAGGCGGCGGCGGCUCUGGCUGGGCCCCGCGCCCGCCCUGCCCCCCGCACGUCCGGGGGAAGCCGCGCUCUGCGGCCCAACGUCGGCGGCGCAGUAGCUCCUGGGCUGGGGCGGCGGCGGCGCGUCCCGGGCGUGGGGGGGGCGCAGCAGGAUGGCAGCGGUGACCCAGUGCAAGAUACCCAAGGAAGUGGCUGACAUUUUUAAUUCCCCCAGCGAUGACGAGGAUUUUCUUGGUUUUCGAGAUGAUGCUCCCAUGCAAACCUUGUCAUCAGAAGACAGCUCUGAUAGUUUUGAUUCAUUGGAGUCAGCAAAAAAGGAUGUUCGAUUUCAAUCCAAGUACCUGACUGAGGAACUGAGGAGAAUUUUCACUGAAGACACUGAUUCAGAAAGUGAAGUGUUUGAAGGCUUUGCUCCAAGUGACCUGGAUGUAAACAAUGCGAAUGGAAUGACGUCAGUGGAGUCAGAUUUGAGUGAUGGAGAGAACAAUAAUUUAUCUUUACUGGGUAGCGAGGAGGAGGAGGAAGAAGGGAAGGCUUCCCCCAAGAGAAGAAGCUUUGGCCUUCGUGUGGCAUUUCAGUUCCCCACAAGAAAGUCUGCCAAGAAGAAGGUGCCUGAACCAACUUUUUCCAAGCUACACUUGCAAGACAAUAAACCCCCUAAAACUCUCACAAGAGAGAAAAGCAGCAAGCGAUGGAAGAAACUAGAGGGGUCUGCCUCAGAGUCUGAGGAGGAUGUCAAAGAGACGCGUGAAGAAAGCUCCAGUGCUCUGCUUAAAAGAGCCAUAAACAUCAAAGAAAAUAAAGCCAUGCUUGCCCAGUUGUUAGCGGAACUGAAUUCUAUACCUGAACUGUUUCCAGUGAAAACAGCCACCUCAACUCCUUCUAAACAGAAGAAAACCCCGAGGAGAACAUUUUCUGAAGGCCAGAUAGAGCGUCGUACAAACCCAACCAGAAAUGCUCGUCCACCAGAGAAAUUUGCCUUGGAAAACUUUACUGUGUCUGCGGCUAAAUUUGCAGAACACUUUCAUAAUUACAGACAACAAAAUCUCCUAAUAAAGAAGAGACUCAGUGGGGGUGACUGUGGAGCGCGCAAAAGAAGGAGGUCAUCUAAAUACUCAUCUUACCGUCCUGUUGAAGAUAUUACUGAUGAGGACUUGGAGAAUAUCGCAAUUACAGUUAAAGAUAAAAUCUAUGAUAAAGUCCUGGGUAGUACGUGCCACCAGUGUCGGCAGAAGACAAUUGAUACUAAGACAGUCUGUCGUAAUCAAGGGUGCGGGGGUGUGAGAGGACAGUUCUGUGGACCAUGUCUUCGUAAUCGAUAUGGUGAAGACGUGAAAUCUGCACUUCUGGAUCCAGAUUGGAUUUGCCCUCCUUGUCGUGGUGUCUGUAACUGCAGUUACUGUCGCAAGCGUGAUGGCCGCUGUGCCACAGGAAUGCUCAUCCACUUGGCAAAAUUUUAUGGUUAUGACAAUGUUAAAGAAUAUCUUGAAAGUUUACAAAAGCAACUGAGUGAAGACAAUUGAGGAUGCUGAGCACAGCUGCCUGACCUGCAGACAAGUUUUUUUUUUUUUUACUACAAUGAUGUUUAUACAAGAUAGAAUUGUAGAAUAUAGCUUUGGAAUUUUUUUUUUUUUUACUGAUUGGUCUUUACUAAAACAUUACCAGAGAAAUCUUUGCAUGAGGAAUUUACAUGCAGAACAUUCUUUUAUGCACCGACACCUGUAUACAGAGCAGAACAGCACUUUUAAAACUUCAGUGGUUAAUUUUCAGUCGGGCUACAGAACCAAGUAGGUGCUUAACUCCAGAGGCUGUGAAGGGAAUUGUGUAGCACUAAAAAUAUAACGAGUCGGGGGAGAUCUUAAUAGUUUGCUUAGGCCAAAAAAGUAUUAUUACACAUCUGAGUUUUCGAAAGCCUUCCUUUGUGUGCAUGAGCAAAUCGAGUAACUGCAUGCCUCAGUUGGUGGGCAAAAGUAAAGUUUUGCCCCUGCAAAGAUGGGCGGGAGUCCUUUUGAAAAUUUUACUGAAAUUCAGUUCACCAUCCAUCUGUUCCUCUUUUUCCCCUCAACCAGGAGAAUUUGUAAGUGCAAGGGGUGUUUUGUGGAAACAUUUUGUUUAGUUUAUUUUUAAAAGGUAGUUGGUUCAGCAGUGCUGCACCUGCGGUCAGAGUGAUAUUGACCCUUUUAAUUGUACAGUGCUAAGUACGUUUUUUUAAAAAUAAUUCCUCUGUGUCUGCUUAGCUAAAGGCAGGCUUUACAAACAACACUUUGUAAAAACCCAUAUUACUGCAGCCUCAGAUUGUCAAAAUUUGUGUAAAAUAUUGGAUGUUUUAGAGAUAAUAAAGCAUUUUCAAUAGAGAA